CGCGUGGGCGAGCAUCAGCAGCCAUCGCUUCCCACCAGCGCAGGCUUAGCCUGCCUGGCACAUUGGCAAAAAGCCUGAUUGACUCACGAGCUCACCCAACUGCUUUUGACAUUUGAAAAUACUGAGCUGACGUUCGUGGGAGAAGCGUCUCUCUUUUCACUUCCAUGCGACACCAUGUCAGACCCGACGACAGAAGAAGAGUUGCUCGAGGCACUGCACCAACGCAUGGUUAUCACGGGGACAUGGGACCGGCUGCUGCAUAGAAUGCGAUCGCUGCUGAAAGGGACUACUUACGAAGAAGAGCUCUCCGCGUAUGCACUAGAGCGAGCCAAGUGUCAAGAGCAACCAGAUGUCACGGCGCUAAUACAAGUGCUGACUCCCAGGGCAAGAAAAGCCAUUCCACCAGCUGUCAAGGAAGCGAUCAUGGCUCAGAUCAUGACAUUUCUGCACGAGAACCUCGAGGUGGACGCAUGAACAAUGUUUACUCGGUCUUGUGCCGACCCUUCAGAGCAGCUUGUUGUUGUCUCGCAGGGACGUGAAGCAGGCCACCGGUGAUCUCAACAAGUUCGACACUUCCACCGGCUUCGAUUCUCCAUCUGAAGCAGCCUUUUCUACCGGAGCAUCCCUGCUUCUUCACUGGCGGGCUAAC